AGUGUGGUAGAAGUUUACCGACGUUUCAUAGGUCGUUUCUGCCUCCAUCAUUAGGCUGGUUGCCCAUGGUCUGGGUUGAAUCUGGAGAUGGAGACAGUGUGUUUCUCGGAAGGUAUAUACGAACAAGUUAACACGUCGUCACAACCCGGAGGAACAACAUCGGCUUCUCCACCGCGAUCUGACGGACCUCACGAGGCAGAUGCAACCUCCAAAACUCCACUCACCAUUCUUGGUCAGAAAGUGAAAUAUUUCUGGAACGUUUUGGAUCAGGCCCCAGAGCGUGAUUCCAGACUGGGGCACCGGAGGUGUCUUAUAUCGUAAUUUCUCCCCAGCACCGGAGUCAAACUACCGGCCUCCUGUCGAAUGUACUCUUGCAGAGAAGUGACCGGAAUGUGGUACUGAUCGGACGUUUCAAUCUGGUGCAGGUGUUGAAAAUACCUGGAGCUUAUCUCCACGUCUUGUACACGCGUCAUGACGUACAGGUUUCUUACGUUUCCGUCUAAUUUUUGUGUCUAGCCUAUCUUGUCUUUGUGGUGUAUAGGUAUAAAAAAAUAACAGGCUUUAAUAGCUCAAAGAUGAGUUUGCUCACGAAGCUCGCUGAGCUGUGUGUUCGCGAGUCGGGACUUGAUUUUCAACAGGUGUGAUGGGAUUUUUAUUUUACCACGGUGUCGAAAUGUCUCCGGGACCCACCAAGCUUACCAUCUGUUUGGUGGCUUCCUGACCUACUCAGGGAAUAAACCUGCCGGAGCCUGAACUUAAUCACAUAAAUAUGACUGAGGUCUUGAAUGUAUGCAUGUGUGGUACUUAGCACCGGGGUAACUUAAUCAUACUCUAAUAUGAAAGUAUUGUGUCGGGAUUGUUUGAACAUGUUUCUUUUGCGCAUGUGUCAUGAUUCUCGAGUAGUUGUUAACCAACAGUUUAUUUGUGACUUACACCAUUCAUCAGCACCUGCAUUGCAAGGGAUGACAGAAGGUUGUGUAAUGAGGUUACAAAACUUUCAGUUAUACAUUUGGGUUCUCUUGUGGUACACGCUAAUAGAAGGCUUACUUGUAGUACAGCAUCUGCAUGGGGCGGCAACUAUGUAUCUGUUAUUUUCUUUCGGGCUGGCUCUAUUCUUGCCUCGGGCUGUUCAAGCCAGUAGUGGGGAAAACAUUCAUAUUGACACUGGUGAUUGGAAUAUCAUUUGGUUUUAGCUUUGCAUACAUCCUGAUGUCGACCACUCGUUCCUUCGAGGAGUUCUCAUUUUCCCCACCCAGGACAGAAAACAUCUAUAUGGACCGCCAUCACCACAGCGACAAGGAAUACAACCAGGUACCAGACGUCAGGGAAAUGGGUAGUCAUGGUCACGAUGAGUUGCAUCACAGAGGAGAGGAUGUGGAAGCUAAGAAGUUGGCGAAGAAAGUGCGGGUUCUGUGCUGGAUCAUGACGAAUCCUAAAAACCAUGAGACGAAAGCUGUUCAUGUGAAAGCUACGUGGGGAGCACGGUGCAACAUUCUGCUCUUCAUGAGUUCGGAGAAUGACACAUCAUUACCAACAGUGAAGCUUCCUGUGCUGGAAGGACGAGACUAUCUGUGGAGCAAGACGAAGGAAGCAUUUACAUAUUUGUACAAACACUAUUUCCAGGAAGCAGAUUGGUUCUUCAAGGCAGAUGAUGACACGUAUGCAAUAGUCGAGAACCUUCGCUAUAUGCUGUCAACAUAUAAUGCCUCUGACCCCCUGUAUUUUGGGUGCCGUUUUAAGCCGUACGUGAAACAGGGCUACAUGAGUGGAGGAGCUGGUUAUGUUCUCAGCCAGGAGGCACUGAAGCGCUUUGUAGAGCAGGGGAUUCCCGACAAAACUAAGUGCCGACAAGACCAUGGUGGGGCAGAAGAUGUAGAGAUGGGAAAGUGUUUGGAGAACGUGGGGGUAAAAGCAAUGGAUACUCGUGAUUCUUUGGGUCGCGGGAGGUUCUUUCCUUUUGUGCCAGAACAUCAUCUAAUUCCUAAUCAUGUGGAUCCAAGUUUCUGGUACUGGAAAUUCAUUUAUUAUCCCUCAGAAUUGGGUAUGGGGUGCUGUUCUGAUACUGCCAUAUCAUUCCACUAUGUAUCUCCAAGUCAAAUGCAUGUGCUUGAAUAUCUCAUCUAUCACCUGCGACCAUAUGGAAUUUCUCAUAAUGUCAUGACGUCACAGUUACCAGAACUGCAAGCAGACUCUACAGCAGGUGUAGUCAAUGUCACAGAAGGGGCAAGCCUGAGUCGCAGGUCUGAGGAAGAGAGGAAGACUGAAAAAGCCAAAGAAAACUCUUCUAAAUUAGGAUCUUAGAUAAGUUAGUAUAAGUAUGCAUUUAUUUUACAUAAAUUUGAUGGCUUUAUAAACUGUAAAGCAAGACAUCCCAUAUCUAUUGUUACCAAAAUACGUGCACGGACGGGGAAGAACAAUGUUACAGGGGUGACGUUGAACGUUUUGUUCUUACUGAUUCUUUUACAUUAACAAAUGGAUGUGAUAGUCAACUUUUAUCUUUCCUUUGAUGUGUUUCGGUUCUUCCUUCUGUCAUUGGUUUUAACCUUUUCACUCUUGCUGUUUGUUAGCCGCCAGACUGUUGAAAUUUGAGCGUAAGUCAAAUAUUCUAUCCUUGUGUGUAUGUGCACAUGCAUGUGUUGUGUGUGUGUAUAUAUAUAUAUAUAUAAUUUGGUGAGGAGUGGUGUAUCUCAGCUUAUUGUAGGGUAGAGUUCCUUUUUGGGGGGAUUUUCCCAUUCAAGGCUUCUGUCUACACAGAAAAUAGAAGAAUGCAGAUACUCAUUCAUGUUUUUAAGUGGGAUUUCAAACCUUGAUCCCAGUGUUUUAGUGAUCCAAGACAUACAAACCCAAGUCUGUGGCCACUGUGAUGUGUAUCUUACAAAUUGAUUUCUUAAAGUCAUUGCGUUGUCUUACGGGUGCAGGAAAGUGUUGGGUCUCGUACUUCCUACAUCAGGGUUGCAGUAAUAGGCGUAAAGUAUGCUUAAUAAUAGUGAUCUCUUAACCAUAAGAGUGUGUGAUUGGUUCUGUGUGAGACUGGUCUGUUAUUAGAACAAAUCAACUGGUGUAUCAGAAGUUCUGAAAUUAUUGUUUUUCCUGAGGAAUUUCUAGAAACAAAAAUAUUGACGUUUUGCACUCUGGGUAUUUAGUAAAUUGGUAUGACGCAUAACAGUGAAAGUGUUGGGGUUUAUCUCUCCUUUGUGUUUUCCUUAAUCUUUCACCCGUCUAACUAUGUAACUUACUGUACGAGCCUUUCCAUUGAAUGGACUGUUCUCCGAUGGUAAGAGUUCCUGACAAGUUUGUGAUAUUCUGCUUCUCAGUGGCCAUCAUAUUUUAAUAUUAAGUGAAACAGGCACACUGCAGUCAGCAGGUGUCUCGAUGGCUGGUCCCGUUGCAACAAAUUGAGCCUGUACUGUUUAAGAAUAACAGCAGUAUAUAAGUGAGUUAGUAAGUAAUUUAAGUGUUAAUAAUUGUUUUGUAUAUGCACUUCUUUCUGGAAGAAUAUCAAUUUACAAUACCACAUAUUUUUAUCUUUGCCAUAUGCAAAUGUGAUUGUAAGUAGUGGAAGUAGUUUUAUGCGAGUGUCCCUUACUUUGCAAAGUGCUCUUUUCGCUACAUAUUGUUUUUAUGUUUCUUCUGUUAAGCAGGUAAUUGUCUUUUAUAUGAACUGGAAGUUUUAUUUUGUUUAUCGGAAUAUAGUGCGCACUAUUUAAAUCAGGGAUGGUGAGGUAGGUAGGAUGUGUAGCAUGCAUGGGAGAGAUGAGGAAUGCAUAUAAGGUUUUUGGUUGGAAAAUGUGAUAUGAAAAGAUAGUCUAGAAGGCCUGGUGUAUGUGGGAGGAUGAUAUUAAAAAGAAAUAAAGGAAAUGGAGUGGGUGAUGUGGGUUGGAUUCAUCUGACCAAGAUAUUUUCUGAUGGCAUGCUUGUAUGAUUACAAUAAUAAACUUCAGGUUCUGUAAAAGGCAUGGAAUUUCUGAUAGCUUCUCAAGAGGGACUCUGCAUUACACAAUUAUAAUGAAUAGUUUUUACUUUUUCAAAAUACUUUCCAGAAAAUAUGCUGUGCACAUUUAUACUUUUGUUCUGCCUUAAUUGUAUAUUUUUAUUUUUUAUCUCUUCAUAUAAGUUGACCUGGCAUCAGUAUAAUACCAUACACAACUGAAGUAGCAGCAGAAUAAGGUGAAAUUAUGCUUGCAUUGCUGUACGCUCACACAGCAAGCAAGAUUUUUCAACUAACCAGUUCUUGACACUUACAUAAAACCAUGCUCUAAUUCAGUCAAUGAAUCCAUGGAUUUAUUGAUGUAGUAGAAAGUCACUGUAUGUGCCAUAUGAAAGUCAAAGGCGCAGUAUUUAAUAGCCAACCAGUAAAAACGUGACUGUUAAAGCAGUGGCUUGGAUGGCGAUUCUUUAAUGGGCUGUAUACUUAGCUCAUGUAGAACAGUUCCAGUUGAAGUGUCAAUUGAGGUAAUUUCCAGGAUUCAUUUUUGGAAAUUAAGGAAAAAUGUAACAGAUAUAAUGCAUUUUUACUCUUCAACUGUACUCUGAACCCAUCCGUUAUUACUUGAAUCUGGUUAUGAAAUAUUGAGAAGUACUUUCUUCUUAUCUGUAUGAAUGAAAUGCUUCACAAUGUUCAAACUGAUACAUGACUGCUUAUAGCGAGACAUUUGAUAAGAUAUAAAUCAAGGCUAUUUCUUUUGAUAUAUAGUAACUAGCAUUGCAGCUGUAAUCUUAAAAGUGUGCUGAGAUUUGUGUAAUCAGAUCAUUUAAUGUACCCACAUUCAAAUCUAACUUAUUGUAAGGUGUUAAAUAUUUUGAGACAAGUCAAAGUGUGUGUUCUUGUGUCCAGCUGACUGGUGACUAGCCAGAGUAGCUAAACCCGGUAAGAAGAAUGUAAUUGUGAGCACUGCUUUUGUGCUUUAGUCUUGAUCCUUGUAUGAUUGACAUAAUUUUGUAAUUGAAGUUACUGUGUAGUUUUAAUUAUGGAAAAGUUAAGUUUAACAAUACAAAGCAUUAAUGCAUGUUUUUGUAUGAAUAUAAUUUAAGUGUCAGUAAUACCAUCAACCUGUAUAAAAUGGAAAUUAGCGAAGAUGAAGAGAAAUAAUGUAAAUUAGUGUAAUCAGAAGUGCUUCAUCUUAUAUUGUACCAAGCUCAAUAAAAUUACUGACAUAGGUAACAGUGUAAGAUGAUGCUAUUUUUACAUUGAUUAGUCAGUCUGCCAUUUUGCCUUGCUGUAUCUGUUUGUCCCAUAACACUAAUGUAUUGGUAUCUGUAUUAAAGAAAAGUACAGGUACUGAACAAAAUAUUUAAAAAGAUGAAUUAUGGUGGUCACUUUAAUGGUCAUACUUUUAGCAUGUGAUGGUUUAAAAAGUUGUAUUGUAUAUUACAGAAAACGAGACUCACUGGCCGGGGAAGGGUUAAGAUAAAGUGUGUGUGAUUAUGCUAGCCAAGAAGAAUAUGUCAUUAAUGGAAGUGUUCCAUGUAAACAGUGCAGUUAACCAAAUGGAUACUCUAUCAUAUUUAAUUCAAAAACUGAAAGGUGGCUGAUCAUUUUCAUGACAUGUCAGGUGUUAAAAUACGGAGCCCCAAAAUCAUGAAUUUUACUUUUUUAAUAACUUGUCACACUUUCUUCUAUGGCGCAACAGCCUGAAAUCGAGCCUUGGCCUCCUCCCAUGUGGGAGGUGUUUAUGUCUUUGAAGUGUGCAUUAGUGAGUAGGGAGUGACAUGCCCACUGCCAACUCGUCACAUUUUGACUGGUGUGAAUCGUUACUAGACAAAAGUCAAAAUAGCUUACUUAUUCUGCAAUAAACAUAGACCUAACAUACUGAGGGCUCAGUUAAUCCAUUUGUCUACUCAUCCGUGAUGGGGCCAAUAAGUGGUAAAUUUUCAUUAUUUCUGUUGGACAUUUUAUUCGUGGAAAUAAUUAGAAUUUAAUUCUGUAUAUUGCAUUUACUUUUAUAAUGCAUUUUUAAGAAAUUCUAAGUAUGAGACAGCGUAUUGAAUUUGUCCAUGACAGUAAAAGCAUGUUUUUUUUAUUCUGCCUUCUUCAGAGGUCAGAUCCUUUUACUUUUCCUGACCUGGUAUUAUUAUCAUAUAGUGGAUCUUUUAAAUAUGUUGGGACUCCUUGAAAGGGGGAUCAGCGUAUUCAAAGGCCUUAACCAUUACAACAUAGCACACAAAAGCUGCGGACAGUUUCCAAGUCAGAUUUUAAUAUUUUCUAAUCUUUGUUACCAAUGUGCAGGCAGCUUACGACAAAUGACAAUCUGCAUGUUAUUAGGGGUAUCUUACAGUACUUGCUGGACUGUGAACAUACGAUGAUGAUUUUAUUACUUGCCCGUGUUUGAAUUUAGGGACUUAAAUUCGUUGAUUUCACAGAAGGGCAAGCCUGACUGUUGUAAGAAUUGGCACUCAACAUGGGGCAAUAGUAUGUAUGUGAUCUGGCAGUAUUUGAAGAAUUGUUUAUGAUUAAGAAAGUUGUUUUAAGUGUUGAUGAAGCAAGCUCUCAAAUAACGUUACUGACCUUUCACUUAAAAAAUGUAAUUAACAUUAUGUUAUAAAAAAAAUGUUAGAGAGAACUGCAGUGAUUUUCUACAUAUCUCUGUAAAGUGCGUGGGGUCUAGAAAUACUGGAUAAAAAUGUCUAUGCUUCUGUAAUGCAAUCAAGGGAAGAAUGUUAACCCCCCCACUGGGUAAUACUUUUUUUAUAUUUGCAGGUUGAUGUAUGAUAAAAGUUAUAUAUAAUGAAGGUGAUGAUUCUUAACCUUUAUAAGUUAGCAAGUUAAUGAUAGAGGAAAGUUGUACAGUUUUGUUGGGCGCUACAGUCAAAGUGGAAUUAAAUCUAGUCUGAUACAUUUAAAUGUUAGAACAGAUAGUAAACUUACUUAGAAACUGAAUAGUGUACGUCAGAAUUCAUUUGCAUGUGAAAAUUUUUGGGUGCCAUGUAAUUCCACAGUUCAGUGGGCAAUAAGCUUUAUAACUUUAAGUGUUGCAAUUUUGUCUGUAUGUACUCCUAUAAUUCACAUUGCUUAUUUCAUUCUUUUGAUUCUCUGAGAUUUCCAAAGAAUUUAUAUUACCUCUUACUUAAUAUCUGUAACAGAGAUAAAUAGUUAUUACAGUCAUGUAAGUUUUCAGUACACAGAUGAAGUGGUCAUUCAAUGCUGUUAUUUAAAGGGCAUUUCAGGCUGACGUUCUGCAUUGUAAAUGGCAAGUUCUUGCCUUGUACCACUAGAUAAAUCUCAUUGUAAGCAAAGGGUCUAAACUGGAGUUGAAUUUGUUGUUUAUCUUUGAGGUUCAUAUAUAAAACAUCCACAUUAACUCUUUAAUUUGUACAAGUUCUUGCCAUCUGUUAGACCCUAGAAAGUGUGGUUCUGUUCACUUGUUUUAUAUUUUAAAUAAAUGAUUAACUUGUCCCACAAAA